GCUUAACCUCAGUUUCAUAAUGUUUGUUCGUCUCUCUGCUUUUACUCUCCUGGCUUUGCCUCUCCUUGCGACCGCCACUGUCCUUCCCCGGCAAGACACUUGUGCUUCCGGUAGCGCGCAGUGCUGCAAUUCUGUCCAGAGUUACGUUCAUCGCAGCGGUGUUACCUGCAGCCCCAUCACUGGCAUUGGCGCUGGUGGCACCGACUGCUCCGACCAACCUGUCUGCUGUACAGACAACAGCUACAACGGCGUUGUUGCUCUGGGCUGCACCCCCAUCAAUGUUGGCCUCUAAGGGAAUCUUCUACAAGUGCUCGGGAGUGAUUUAAAUGUAUCGGUGAUAUUGUAUUCAUUUGUUGGACAAGUAGACAGAUCGAGAAAUCAAUACCGCUGGAUAAGGAACAUAUAUGUUAUGAAGAACUCGAACAUCCGACGCGAGAUCUGAACGAAGCGUCCUGAGAAAAGAAAAAAUGUGGGU